UCUGUAAAUGUAUAGGUGGCAGCAGUUAUUGUGUGUGGUAGACCGGGCCAGCCCCACAAUCUCUGGAUACUGACCUUUUCCACGCCUCUUCAUCUCAUCAAUGCCGUGGCAGACACGCACUGCUAGCUGACAAGGAAAUACCAUGGCAACGGUCUCUCUUCAUUCACACUUUGCCAUUCUUCUUCUGUUUGCCAUUUUCCUGACUGCAUCCUUCGCCAAUACUGAUGACCUUGUAAUCAAUACAAAGCAUGGCAAAGUUAAAGGGAUCUCACUGUCUGUGCUGGGUGGUGGAGUACGAGCAUUUCUUGGAAUUCCUUAUGGAAAACCACCUCUUGGGAAUCUGAGGUUUCGAGCUCCAGAGCCUGUAGAGGGAUGGGGGGGGCUGAGAGAUGCUACCAAAUAUCCAAAUUCCUGUUACCAAGUUCCGGAUACAGCUUAUGAAGGGUUCGGAGGUGAAGAUAUGUGGAACCCAAACACUCCUCUGAGUGAGAACUGUCUGUACCUAAACGUGUGGUCCCCACAUUUUGACAAAACACAUCCUGGUAGCUCGGCACUCGUCCCUGUCCUUGUUUGGAUCUAUGGAGGCGGCUUUAAUGGAGGAACAUCCUCUCUUGACUUAUAUGAUGGUCAAUUCCUGUCUAAAUCUGAAGGUGUUGUUGUGGUGUCAAUGAAUUACAGACUUGGAGCCCUUGGUUUCCUGGCUCUCCCUGACAAAAACAUCCCUGGAAAUGCAGGCCUACUGGACCAGCGCUUGGCCCUCCAGUGGAUAGCCAAUAACAUUGCUGCUUUUGGAGGUGACCCUUCAAAGGUGACUCUGUUCGGAGAAAGUGCUGGGGCAGCAUCAGUUGGCUUCCACCUGAUCUCACCGGGCAGCCAGGGUCUUUUUCAAAGGGCUGUAAUGCAGAGCGGCUCUCCCAAUGCACCCUGGGCCACAAUCAGCCAGAAAGAGGCCUGGUACAGGUCUUUGAAGCUAGCCACCCUGCUAGGGUGUCCCACAUCUGACGCCUCUCGUAUGGAAGCUUGUCUGCUGAAGGCUGAUCCUUCGGAACUCAAUUUGAAGAGUUAUGAAGUUCUCCCUCAGCCAACAUUUAUAGCCUUACCCUUUGUCCCUGUUGUAGAUGGGGUCUUCCUACCAGAUUCAGUUGAUAUGUUGCUGAGUUCUGGGAGCCUUCGUAAGCAAGAGGUGUUGUUUGGCUUGAACAAGGAUGAAGGGACCUACUUUCUAAUGUAUAACAUGCCAGGUUUUGGCAUCAACGAUGAAAGUCUUAUUACCAGGAAGGAGUUUUUAAAAGCAGUUGCCCUCGCAAUGGAAAAUUCAAGUGAUAGUGCGAGAGAUGCAGCCAUUUUUGAGUACACAGAUUGGACUGAUGAAAAUAACACGACAAAAAAUCGUGACUUGCUGGGUGGUCUGGUUGGAGACCAAAUGUUCUGUUCUCUUUUGGAGUUUGCUCACAGGUACUCACAACGUGGUGCAAAGUCUUUCCUUUACUCGUUUGACCACCGAUCAUCAGUCAAUCCUUGGCCAGCGUGGAUGGGCGUUAUGCAUGGCUAUGAGAUAGAAUUUGUCUUUGGAAUGCCUCUGAAUGUGUCAUUGGGAUACACAAAGAAUGAGGUGAACAUGACCAGGAAGUUUAUGAAACACUGGGCCAACUUUGCACGGACAGGGAAUCCAGGCCUUGAUGGAGCUCAGUGGCCCCAGUUCACCCCUGAACUGCAGGAGUAUGUCACUCUGAACUACAACCAUCCACAACAAAAGAGAUUCUUGAAGGCUAAAGAGUGUGGCCUCUGGAACAAGCUAAUCCCAAAUUUACAGAAAGUCUCAGAUGACCUGCAGUCUUGUAUCACAGCGAAUGGGAUUGCACUCAGCUCAAGUUACAUGCUCCUAAUAACUUUACUGGCUCUGACAUUAAUCUAUUAUUAGAGGAGAGAUACUUUCAUCGUGGACUUGACUGCUGCCGUGAACAUUAAAAUGGAAAGAGUGUUCAAUGAAGAUUGUGUUUAUUUACCCAGAAAUUGGUAUUUAAAAAGCUGGUCAAAUUAUUUUGUAUUGUAUUGAGUUUGUGGAUUAGAUUAAGAUUCAACCAAAUAGACCAUUGGCAAAGGAAUCAAGUUUUAUACCCAUAAAACAGCAUUAACAGUAAAGCUGUCACAAUACAAUCAUUCUAAAUGUCUAUAUGACUAUAAUGCAAAUUCAAUGAUCUUCAUCAUACUUGUUUCAAUAGCACUGCAACAAAAAAUGAUGUUAUGGUUAAUUUUGUUAUUUUUGAUUUUCAACCCGCACACCAUGAUACUACAGAAAAAACACUGAAGACCAACAUGUGACAUAAUGUUAGUGACAGCCAAUAUAAAUAAGAUUGUCCUAUAUAUAAUAAACAACUUCUUUCAUCAUUAUCAUAACAUUCAAAAUCUAGAAGAAGUGUGUGCUGGUGUUUGUUUCUGCAGAAAUCAUCCUCUAUGCUUUUAUUUUGUUACUUUCCGGCUAAUUAAGUCAGCAGUUUUGUGUGUCACUCAUCCUCAAUCACUGUACUGUGGAGUGAAGCAUCCUGUCCGCAGUCCCCUGGUCAGGACUCAAAGAAAACAUAUGGCAGGAGACAUUGUUGUCUCUCUCUCCUUUGGUCAGUCCAUCUGCGACAGACAUAAACAUAACCUGUGUGCCUUUAUUGGAUGCUUAAAGGACCUAACUAACCUUAGUAUUUGCUGACCUGUGAAUAAAAAUAGUUAGUAAGGUACUUGCUGUGAAAGAGGGCAGAGCAGAGACACACACACAGGAGCAGGAGGAAGGUGGCUUCAGCGGCGAAGAAAUACAAUUUGUGAAACAGAAAAUGGUCCUUAUUUCACUUUUAUUGCUUUAUUUUCUGAACUGGAAAACUGUCUUUAACUCUAAGUCAAGGGACCACCGUUGCCCUCUUUCUUUCUCUCUCUCUCUCUCUCUCUCUCUCUCUCUCUCUCUCUCUCUCUACUUUUGAAAGUAAAAAAAAAAGCAAAAAGACAAAUAUUGUCUCAUUUUAAAGCAUGUGGUAUUGAAAAUAUAAAAUGUGAAGUAUAAACUUUUACAACCUUUCAUAGCAAUUGCUUUGAAUAUACCGGUGCUUCCUUGCUCAUCUGGAACAAUGUUUAAAGAUGAAAACAUUUGCACAAGCAGUGCUUCUGUUUUGUAUCCUUCUACAUGUACAGCUAAUGCAAUUUUUUAUUAUUUUUGGGACAUAAAAAACAAACUGGGAAUCUGAAAAGUGUACACAGGAAAUGCUUUUGGAUUCAAUGUUUAAGUGCACUUGUAUGGUAACAAUCUGAUUUUGUGGCUGAACUUCUGUUGACUCUGAACAGAAACAUGUUUUUUAUCAUCCUGCUGAGAAUGUCUCACAUUCUUGCUUUACAGUAAGGCUGUCGCAGAAAUUAUGCAUGCUAAGUGUUCAGUUGAUCGUUUCAUCUCAAAGACAAUCAGGGAUGCUCUUCACUUUUAUUGAUAUAUUGUCUAUUGUACUGAAAAAUAAAGACAUUGCAAUUAACAAAAAA